AUGCGUGCUGAAGUCUGUGUUCGGGCCUUUUUGAGGGGUGAGGGGAAUAGAUGGGAAAAGGCUUUCCAGGUAGAAAUUGCCAGUUUUUGCUUUAAGAUCACGGAGCGGGCGAAGUUCUCAAAGAAGGCCGUGGUCAUCGGUGGAGGUCUACUGGGACUGGAAGCUGCCAAGGCAGCUUACGACCUGGGUCUCGAGACGACCAUCCUGGAGGUGGCACCACAUUUGAUGCCGGUGCAGUUGGACUUGGACGCGGGGAAGAUUCUGCAGAGCAAAAUCGAGGCUCUCGGCUUGAAAGUGAAGACCGGCGUGAAGGUCUUGGGUGUGGAGACGGGGUCUGAUGGCUUGACGGGCGUGAAGAUCGAGGCAGAGGGUCAAGAGGAGACGUUGGAGGCCACCUUGCUCAUCGUGGGCGCCGGAGUGCGGCCGCGCCAGGAGCUGGCGGAGAUGAGCGGCCUAGAGCUGGGCGGACGGGGAGGCAUCAAGGUGGACCAUCGCAUGCGCUCGGCGACUGACGAGCACGUUUGGGCUGUGGGCGAGAUCGCUUCCUUCAACGGCGGCAUGUGCUACCAGCUCUCAGCCCCUGGAUACACUCAAGCAGAGAUCCUCGCGGAUCAUAUGACUAAUCCCAAGGCGGAGUCGAAGUUUGCGGAUGCAGACCUCUCCACGAAGCUGAAGCUGCUGGGUGUGGACGUGGCCUCCUUCGGUGGAAGCUCCGAUUUCUGGUUCAAGCGUCAAUAUAGCUCGUCCGGCGAGGAGAUCAUGUCCAAAGUCUCCAAGGAUGAAGCUGCUGGCGUCUACAAGAAGUUGGUGUUCACACCAGACGGCACCAAGCUCUUGGGUGGAAUUCUGGUUGGAGACAUCUCUGCCUUUGCACCCUUGACGGCCGUGUCGAAGCGCUCGGACCUGGGCGGCGUUUCGCCUGACGAGCUCAUGGCUGGGCAGAUGCCCAAGGUCGACGACGGCGGUGAUGGCACCAACCUGGGGGAUGAUGAUCACGUUUGCAACUGCCACUCUGUGCCAAAGAAGGUCAUCAGAGAUGCUAUCAUGAAGGGAGCCCAUACCUUCGAGGAGAUUAAGAAGUGCACGAAAGCUGGAACUGGCUGUGGCACCUGCAUCCGCAAUGGGCCGCAGCCGAAGCUCCUGGCCCACACCUUGAAUGCCAAAGGAGUGGAGGCAGGGGUCUGCAAGAGCUUGCCCUUCACCCAUGAUGACAUCGAAGACCUGGCGAAAGCGCGGCAGUUGAAGAGCUAUGAUGAGCUGGUGUCCCAUUUGGGUUAUCCUUCGGCGGCCGCGGAGAGCGACAAGACCGCGCUGGGUGGCCUUUUGGACCGGAUUGGCGGAAAGCCCAAGGGAGAGGGCUUGGAUCAUCUUGGACAAUUGAAGGCACUCAAGGAGGAUCUUUGGAAGUUUGUGGAUAAGAUGAAUUGCAACCCCAUCCUCGUCCGCCUGGCAUGGCAUGACGCCGGCACCUAUGACAAGUCCAAAACCGCCUUCGGAGAGCGUGGUGGGGCGAAUGGCUCAAUCCGCUUUAGCCCAGAGAUCUCCAUGGGGGCCAACAACGGCUUGGACAAGGGGGUGAAGUAUUUGGAGCCUUUCAAGGCCGACUAUCCUUUGGUCUCCUAUGCAGACCUUUAUCAGAUGGCUGCUGCAGUCUCCAUUGAGCAUGCGGGCGGCCCAAAGAUUGAUAUGAAGUAUGGCCGAAAGGAUGCCUCCGGCCCAGACGAUUGUCCGGGGCGCCAGUCUCGAGGCACCGCUGACAAUGCCGGACUACCUGAUGCUGAGCCGGGACCCGAUGGAGCCUUUGGGUGUGGCGCUAAAGAUGCGGCCACCCACUUGAGGAAUAUUUUCUACAGGAUGGGCUUCGACGACAAGGGCAUCGUGGCACUCAGUGGUGCCCAUACCAUCGGCAGAGCCUUCAAGGAACGUAGCGGUACUGUGAAGGAGGGCUAUGGAGAGAGCUCAGCUUGCCCGUACACACGUUCCAUGCCGAAGGGCUGUCCCAUCCGCAACGACGGUGGCUAUGGAGUAGGGAUGCCAGGAGGAAAGUCUUGGACGACGAAGUGGCUCAAGUUUGACAAUGAGUAUUUCCAGCCGUCGGUCUAUGAGGAGAAAGACAAGGAUCUUCUAUGGUUAUCUUCCGAUCGAUGCUUACAUCAGGACGAGGGCUUCAAGCAAUAUUUUAUGCUCUACAAGGACGAUCAGGCUGCCUUCUUCCGAGACUUUGCUGAGGCCUACAAGCAGCUCUCAGAGCAAGGCGUGAUCCAACGAGCUCGACAGGUUGGGGUCAGUGCAAACGAAGAGUCUUGCGCUACACUGGUGCAGAACCACCUUCGGGAGGUGCACCAACGCGCGCUGAGAGCGCUAGAAGACUGGAGCGGGCCAUACGUUGCAGAAGAAGGUGAAUACUACUACAACCUUCGACUAAAGGUCAGCACUUGGCACAGCCCGGUGGCUGAGUGGGAGCAGGAGCUCCUGACGCGCCAAACUGUACUAUUUUGGUGCCUGCUGGGUCCUGGUCGGGUGAUUCGAUCUCAGUCGGAUGCCUCUGGCUCAGAUGAGAACGAGUAUACUGUUGGUGCCAUGGGCUCGGACUUCCUUUCCGCCCUUCGGCUCCCACUGAACCUGGUGCGUCGUGACAGUGGCACACCUCCCUCUACACCCUCCACGACGCGGUCUUUCCACACUGCGCGAUCGGUACUUUCAAGCCGCUCCCAGCGCAGCCGCAUGACGACGGAGGACAAUGAGAGGAACUCUGCUCGGGGUUCGCCUCCCAGCGGCUCGCCGCGGGAGCACCACGGCUGGAACAGCGUCGUUGCAGAGUCCCGAGAGCUCGAGUGCCAUGUAGAUCACAGCGAAGAGCUGGACCUUGAAUGCGGCAACAAUUUCAACUACAACACUGCCAAGGGCCAUAGCUUCCCUUGUAACCUUCUUCAGCAAAAUUGCAUCAUGGCCGUUGAUGGAAGCUAUGAGAGCUUGCUCGAGCUACGUGUCGUUGGCUUGGAUGGUGAAGGCUUCAGCCUGAGGCUUCCCGAUCCCAAGAGCGGUCGAGAUCUCUUUGUGUUGAUCCGUGGCCGGGUGCCCUCCAAGCCGGGGGCGCAGCUGUCCGUCUAUAUUGGAGCUGAGGGGCUUUCGUUGAAGAAGACUUUGAGGGAACAAGGGAUUGGCUCGGAAGAGACCUUGAGCUACAUGUUUCUACCCACAAAUCUGGCACAAGCGAUGAACUUGAUCCAAGGCUUUCCAGUUGAGGAUGAAUUUGCAUUGGAUGGUAUCGUUGAGCUGGCAGGAAUCGAAGACACCCAAACUAUUUUAUGGAUGAACUGGCCCAGCACCUUGCUAGAAUUGACCUUUGGCGUGAACCUCCCAGUCGGCCGGCAGAGUCCCCUUCGGGGAUGGAUACUCCAAAUGACGUUACACAAAGUGAAAUUGCCCGGACUACGGUUGAUUUUCCCUGAUGAAUACAAUCAAAGCUUGAAGCGAAUUGUCUGGCCAAAUGGCCUGAAAGAAUUGCAGAUCGGCCAAGUGGAAGAGGGAGUGGAUUGGCCAAGUGGCCUCAAAGAGUUGACAAUGGGCAGGGAAUUCGAUCAUUGCCUGCAGAAGGUCAAUUUCCCAAGCAACCUCGAAAUCUUGGGCUUUUCCAGUGAACACAGUCACAGCUUAGAGGGCGUGACUUGGCCAAAAGGUCUGGAGCUGAACUUCUUGGAACACUUCGAGCAAGAGUUGAACCAUGAAUUGCCAAGGAGCCUUGAGAAGGAGCUCUCUUUUGGCUUCGAGGGCAGCAGUUUGGAAAACCUGAGUCUUCCAACCAGCCUCCAGAGCCUACGUUGUGGAAUCUUUACAGUCUCAACAACCCAGAUGCCGCUGGUCAAUCUGGAUGCCGGCUUCGAUGUGGUGUCAGACAGCGAAGAAGAGCCUGCAAAGCCGGCCGCAGGGGCCGCAGGGGCCGCAGCACGUCCAUCUCUUCCAAGAUAA